CCUGCUCGUGGACUUUAUGAAACGCGCAUUCACGGCCGUCUCGAGCCGCUCCUCCUCGCGCUGCCUCCCUCCAGGUGGUAAUAUGGAUUAACUCUUCUUCUGUCUACCGGAAGGUGCCGUUUUUGUGUGUUUUUUGUUGUUGUUUUUUUGUGUGUGGCUUUUUUUGGAAGUUGAUCCACAUCCAGGACGGUUCGGGACGAGGAUUAUAGAGGAGGGACCGUUAACCGGAGAUGAAGACGCGUCUCCUCGCUGCUCCUCCUUCAGCAGGACGAUGGACGAGGGAACGCCGAGCGGGGCUGUGACCACGGCCUCCAUGGAGCCCUGAGACACCGCAGGUAAAUGGAGGUGCAGGACAGGAGCCGCUCCCCGUCCCGCAGAACCAGCCGGGUGGAGCAGGUGGUGGGGCGAUGGCUGAGGAGGUCCCGAGACCUGGGCAGCAGGUCUCACUCUCUGAGCAGGGACCGGGCUGCAGCGGACGGGCCAGAUGGCGGCGAUCAGAGGAACUACCCGUUCCGCUUCAUCGUGCAGAUCCAACGGGACCCGGCCCUGAACUCCCACGGCCUCGCGCUGACCCUGCAGACCCCCCUCCUGGUGCAGGAGGUCACGCCAGGCGGUCCUGCAGACGGCCGGCUCGUGGCCGGCGAUCGGCUCGUGAAGAUCAAUAACAUCUCGGUGGACGACCUGAGCCCGGAGCAAGCUGCCGAGAUCAUCAGGGAGUGUCAGGAUGUGUUGACGAUGACCGUCCUGAGAACGAUGUCGAGCCCGAAGUCCUCGUUCAUCACGCUAGAGAAGAGGGCCAAGCUCAGGUCCAACCCCGUGAAGGUCCACUUCGCCGAGGAGGUGGAAGUGAACGGCCACGUUCAGCAGGGCAACUCGCUGCUCUUCCUGCCUAAUGUCCUGAAGGUGUAUCUGGAGAACGGGCAAACCAAGGCCUUCAAGUUUGACCCCAGCACCACCGUGAAGGACAUCGUGAUGACGCUGAAGGAAAAGCUCCCGCUGAGCCACAUCGAACACUUCUCCCUGGUGCUGGAGCAGCGGCACAGCAUCUCCAAACUCCUGCUGCUGCACGAAGAGGAGAGGAUACAGCAGGUGGUCCAGAGGAAAGAGGCCCAUGACUACCGGUGUCUGUUCCGCGUUUGCUUCAUGCCUCCGACGCUCCAGCUGCUGCUGCAGGACGACCCCAACGCCUUCCAGUACCUGUACCUGCAGGGCGUGAACGACGUGCUGCAGGAGCGCUUCGCCAUCGAGAUGCGCUGCAACACGGCGCUGCACCUCGCCGCGCUGCACAUCCAGGAGAGGCUGGCGAGCUGCGGCCAGUCGCCCAAGACCAGCCUGAAGACGGUCACGAAGACGUGGGGCAUGGAGAACUUUGUGUCGUCCACCUUGCUGAGGAACAUGCGUGAGAAGGACCUGAGGAAGGCCAUCAGCUUCCACCUGAAGAAGAGCCAGGCGCAGCACGACCCCAAGCUGAAGGGCCUGUCGGGCCCCCAGGCCCGGAUCAACUACCUGGAGGAGCUCAGCCAGCUCAAGUCCUUCGGGGGGAAGUCCUUCAGCGCCACCAUGAUGCUCCAGGACCGGGAGUCGUCGGUGACCUUGUUGGUGGGCGCGCGCUACGGCGUGAGUCAGGUGGUCAACCACAAGCUGAGCAUCCUGUCCACGCUCACGGAGUUCACCUGCAUCACGCGCAUCGAGCUGCUGCCCGAGUCCGACAAGGUCAGCCUGGUGAAAAUAUACCUGCAGGACAUCAAGCCCAUCACGUUGCUGUUGGAGUCGGCGGCGGCCAAAGACAUGUCGUGCCUCAUCGCCGGUUACUGCCGAGUGUUCGUGGAGCCGAACCUGAACGUCUUCGCCUGGAGCCACGAGGCCAAGAAGCACCGCGUGUCCGCAGAGGAAGGUUACGUGUCGCGGUGCGACUCGGACACCGACUCGGACCCGGACAUGGAGGCGCUGUUCAGCCUGGUGUCCCGCGACCAGAGGCCCUGCCAUCGGGUCCGAUCCGCAUCGGACCCGGAGGGAAGAAAAGGAAAAGUGAGAAACAGGAGGAGGAGCGAAGAGAAGGCGGAUCGGCCUCGGGAGGACGAGAAGCAACAAGAGGAGAAGGACGCCGACACGGAAAAGGAAACGUUUCCUCUGGAGAAGAACCGAGAGAGAGAGAGCGGAGACGCAGCGCAGACGGAGGAGAGGGCGGACAAUGACUCCGGGGAACAGAGGGAACAGGUGGAGCCGGAAGGCGGAGGAGAGGAGGCGUCGGACUCCUGCAACACGGACUCCCGGCUCGCCACCAGCCCGUCCAGCGACUCGCUCGACGCCCUGGAGGAAGACGACUUGAUCUCGUGCUCUUCCUCCUCCGUCCACUUCCACCGCUCCUCCCCCGUCCGGCUCCACCCUUACUCUCACGUUCAGCCCCACCUGCUCGCCCCGCCGCCGCCGGCUCACAGCCAUCCCGUCCUCCACCUGGACGGAGGACGGGAGAGGGGCCGCCGGAGGUCGGGCGACGGCGCCGACCCCCGGCGCCGCGACCCGAAGAGCUCGGGCGACCCCGGCUCCGACGGCGGCGGCUCCAUGUGCUUCGCCGAGCUCUCCCGCCUCGCGGACUUCCUGCCGAGCCCGCCGGAGGCCAGCGAGGACGACGAGGCCGAGGAAGAGGAGCUGAGGAGGAGGAAGUCGGCGAGGGAACGGGGGAGCGCGGGCAGUUUCACGGAACACCCGCCGUCCCCGUCCCCGUCCUCGCGCGGCGACUUUGUGUUUAACUUUGACCAAAGCGACGCCCGCUGCUACUACAAGCUCUGCUCCAACAUCACGCCCGACAGCGCCCACAGCCUCCGCCGGGACGAGGGGCAGCACUGGAAGAAAGAGGUGGAGGAGGUGGAGGAGGAGGCGAAGGCGGUCGAGCCGGAGCCCGUCACGCUCCUUCAGCCGCCGCCGGGCUUCGGAAACAGCAGCUCCGACGAGGAGUUCUUCGACGCCAGAGAUCGCUUCACCUCGCCCGAAGACUCGUCGGGGGCCUCGGGGGACGCACCGACAGAUAUUCGCACGGAGAUGAAACUGGACCUCCUCGGCCCACUCGGCCUCGGUGACGAUAGAGUCUCGGCGACGGACUCGGACAAAGGUGGGAAAGAGGAAGGAGGCAGAACCGUAGGAGACGAGGAAGGAGGAGGCAGAGAAACUCUGUUUCAGCUCAGGAAAAGAUCCCGUAAGCGUCGUUCCUUCAUAGAAACCGAUUACACCUCCAGGGUGUCGUAUCCAGAGCCAGAUCCAGAAAUGCAAGAUCCGGUCUCUGGUCGGCUUUAUAAGAACCUCAUGGAUGAAGCCAAUGAAGCACAGAUACUGAGUUCAGAUCCUGAACCGUCAGAGCAAACCCAGAACCCCAGUCCUACGGUCUCCUCUUUGACCCACUCCGAAGGGGAACCGAAUCAGCUCGAGUCGAAGCCCAUUUUGUCUAAACCCCACUCCCAUGGCCCUGGACCUCCUUGUGGUCUGGGGUCUGAUGAGCACACCGGAGACCCACAGGCCACCCCCGGGACCAGGAAACAAGACAUGGAGAUGGAACCCGACGCAAUGGAAUCCAAAUCGGUCACAGGUCUGGCGAAGGCGGCGUCUCCCACCAUCACCGGCGUCCGCUGCCGGGUGGAUCCGGACGGAAAGGAGAGUGCCGAUCGGAGCGGUGACGGGAAGGAGGGAGGGGAGGAACAGAAGGAGACGAGUGAGGGAGAGGAGGAGGAGGAAGAGACUGCAGGUUUGUCGGGGGAAAUGACGUUCACCAAUCACAUGUUUUUGCCUGAAAUCACCGAAGAGGAGGGUAAAGGCAAAGAAGAGAAGAAGGAGUUGGUGAGAGGGAACUCAUCCAGUUCAAAGAGAGCGCUCAUUGGUGCCGAGAGGCCGCCGGAGGCCAACACAUGGUUGAUAGAUGUCACUAAAAAGACGAGUAACGGCCUUUUGGGAGCCCAUCUGAUUGUCCUCGAGCAAAACUUGACAAAAGAGAAACAAACACUUGACGUUGUGUGUGAGAAAGCAAACCCUCCACCCUCAGCCCCUCUUCCUCCAACACCGGGUCUUCACAAAUCCCAAAGUGUCUAUUAUUUGAUGGGAGAGGUGGGCGGUGAAAACACAGGAACCUCGACCAAAAUGUCUUCGUCUUAUUCCGAGGAGAUGUCACAAAGGUAUACCGACAAAGCACAAUUACACCUAGACGUCCCCGCCGCCGACGCCUUCGUCAGCUCCACGAUGACUAACAGCGAGGACGUCACCGGCAGCACCAAUUCGGACAAUGUGUUUUUCGACGAUGACAUGAGUAAUUCCUUAACUCCGAGUUCAAGUGACAAGAAAGGCGAGUGCGCUGCAGCUACCAGGCGUAGCGGCGGUGCAACCUCGGCGACGGCAAGUGAAGGCGAGUCUCAAAUUAUGAUCAAGUCUCUCGCGAACACUGAAGCUCCUACGAGAAUUAGUUCAGUAAAUGCUGACUCGACUCGUGCUGUAAACUCUAGCGCCGCAAAGCUUGGAGUUGGAACAAGUGCCACGUGGCCUUCGUUUAAUUCAGGUACCAGUUUGAGACUUGAGGUUUCACAUGAAAGUGCUUCAGGUUCGGAUCAAAAUGUCGAGGAACCCAUAAGUGAUCCCACUAUGCAAAGAGCUGAAGAAGCUCAAACUAGCGUAGCUAGUCCGAGCUUAGCGAAAGCUACUACGAUCACAAUGCACAAUCUCUCCAAGACGCCUCCUUCCCCGACUCACUUCCUCUUCCAGACCUGUUCCCCGAGCAUUAUGGGUAGCCUCUCUGCCUCCACACUCAGAGGGAAGAUUCAACAGUUGCCCCUUUAUUUAUCGCGCUCCAUGGAAACCCUCAACCAAGCCGGGGUGGGGAAAGUACCUCAGGGUUCAGUUGAAAACGACAGUGGGCACGAAGUCCAAAUCUCCAUCGAAGUUACGGACGUGGACGACGUCACCCAGACUGUGGACUUCGAAACGGACGCAACCGCAGAAUCUGUGGAGUCGGACGAUUCGGAUGCAACGGUUACAGGAUCUGAGGUGGACGGGGAGUUUUUAGUUGAAACGAACUCGGCAAAGAGUUUUCAAUCGGCGUCGGAGGCGAAGGAAGUGAGCCCUCCAUCGCCUGUCCGGACUGAGCCCCAACCCCAAGACCAGCAUCUGUACACUGGACCUAUCCAGAACACAUCGGGACCAAUAACGGAUCCUCCGGCCUCCAGAGUGGGCAGCCUCCAGAGGGACCCUUCAGGCCUACAAAUGGAAACUCCUGGGCCGAUAAAAGAAGCUCCAGAAUCAAAGAUGAAGAUCGCAGGUGAAGACUUUCCAGGUUAUAAAAUGAACCAACAGUCGCGUUCUAUCGCCCAUCAGAUAGUGGUGACCACGCAGAAUCUAAAUGGACCAGUUCUCCCUUUUCAUAGCCAGGCACAGAAAGUCAGACGCACCAGUAGUGACAGACCUUUGAUGGGUCUUUGUAGGCCUACAGGGAAUCAUUCAGACUCGGCGCAACCACUUUCUUCCGGUUGCAAGGUGUUCACCAUCUGCGAGGAUCCAUCCCAGACAAAGAGCCCGGCGACGGUGGGGACUACACCACCCUUGAAGUCUGAGUUCGGCUGCACUUCAGUGCUCGCGUCUGGAUGCGAGUCGGCAGUGGAAGGGGUGCAGGUGCCUCUGGAUGCUUGCGGUUGCCCAUCGGUCUACACCAACUGCUUCAGCAGCGGAGACAGCUUCGACGAGGAGCUGACGGUCUACGAGUUCUCCUGCCGCUCGCCGAGCGGCGAUGGGACUUCUGGGGCAGGUGUUCCUCUCGUGACCUCUCCACCCAUUUCCUCUUUUCUCUCCACCUCCUCCACCCACUCCCCCUCCUUCCCCCGCUCCAACCUUUUCUCCUCCUCUACCUCGGAGCUCAGCCCUCUGCUCUCGCCGUUCUCCGACUCCCCGGACCGUUUCCUGCCCCAAACGCACAAGGACACCAUCGGCCGGCUGGGCCAGCAGCGCUACCCGGAACCCCCGACGGGUUUCCAAGUACUCCGCGUGGACGUGGAUCAGCUCCGUUCCAUUCUGGGAAGUACCGGUGCCGACAGAUCCGCGGCGGGCCACGGAGGUCGCCACCUAAAGGACACCUGCCCUGCCCACUUCGCAGAGAACAAGAGGGUGCUCCAGAUAGAGGCGCGGCGGCUGAUGUCCGGCUGCCAGAAGGUGGUGGGGAUCGGCCAGAGCCCGGAGGAAAUGCUUCAUUCCCUGGCGGACAGUUUCCGGACCCUGGUGGAGUUGGCCGGUAUAUGCCUGUGGUUCUCCGGUUGCGAAAGGUGCGACCGGAGGAACGGCGAGGCCGUCGCGGGUCUGUCGGACGUGGCCCGUUCAUUCAGGGACUUCUGUCUGGCGGCGGAGCGGGUCAGCAGCAAGCGCAGCUGCCAGGACCUGAGCUCCAAGCUGCUGGCCAAGCAGAGCACCGCGCUCACCGCCUCGGUCUUCUGCCUCACGCAGCUGUUCCGCACCCUCACCGCACUGUGAGGGGAACCGGGACGCUCCGACGUCUCUUUUGAAGGAGACCUUGAAGCAACAUGUGUAAACUCUCAGGACAGUCAUGUUUAGGACGGGCGGCGCGAGGUGAGCUUACCUCGGACACACCGUGGUGUCACCGAGCGCCAUCAAAGGACAACAAGAACUCUCCACACACAGGUUGAGAUCCUCGAGGUGCAUGUGGUUACUGACUAUAUGCCGUGCACGAACUGUAGCCCACCAAACCACCAGUCCCUGUGGUGCUGCUUGUUUUCCAGUAUUGAGGAACUGAUGUACUUGAAUGUAUUCUACGUUAUCGAUUACGUUAAUUUAUUUGUCCGUUCAUUUAUUUCAGUGUUGCUACGGUAAGCAAGAAGCAGGAAUGUAAAGACGCGGAAGAAAGACAUUUGGAGAUGUUUACAGGCAGUGGGUCUUUUUACACACAUACACAAAGCACACAACCUCCAAUACACACAGCGGAUCAGUGUUCGAUUCCCUUCCGACGACACAUGCCUUCUGUGUGACUGACUGACCAUGUUAGGAUAUGAAACACUGCAGUUUACUGAUUAUUAUUAUAUAUAUCUUUACAGCCUCCAUGUGGCCAGUGAGGACUUCUUUUGAAUGUUACUGUUUACAAAACCAAAAAAACUGGAGUGAGAUAUUAUUUAAGUCAAGCCUGAGACUGUUUUUGCUAUUUUAUAAAUCUAGUAGCAGAAUGCUGACGUAUGCGAAUCAUGUGACAGCAGUUUGGAUGAGAUACAUCCCUUGCACACUUAAUUUGUUCUCACAUUCCGUCUGGUUUAUUGAAAUGCGUUCGCUAGCUCUUCUCUGGUUUAUCUGUCACAGUCGCGUUCUCCAACUCCAGUGAAUGUUCACGUGGCUGUCAACCACCAGUCUUUUAUUGUUGUCCAAAGCAGAAUAAUAAUCUCCAGGAUUCUAUGGGAGACUCGGGGACACUUCCCAAAGUCUAUAUUUAAGAUAUGCCGCAUUGUUUAUGGUCAAUUUAAAAAUUGCAAGCUUCUCGAGAUCAUAACAACGUGCACGCCUCUCUGAGCUUCAGGACGGUCAGGAACGACUUCGUCCCCACACUAAGUGCAUUAUUAUUAUUAUUACAGCCCUCCCAGUGUGACCACAGCGAGUGGGAAACCAGUGACUGAGCAUGUGCAGCAUUACACAUAUCUGUAGUGUGCUGGUUCCAUCUUUUGAUCAACAUAUUGAUGAGGGUCAGGGAACAUCUGACCAAUCAUUGGUCGAUCGCCUGUCAUUUCAUUGGUCGAUCGCCUGUCAUUUCAUUGGUCGACCGCCUGUCAUUUCAUUGGUCGACCGCCUGUCAUUUCAUUGGUCGACAGCCUGUCAUUUCAUUGGUCGACCGCCUGUCACUUCAUUGGUCGACAGCCUGUCAUUUCAUUGGUCGACCGACUGUCAUUUCAUUGGCCGACAGCCUGUCAUUUCAUUGGUCCACCGCCUGUCAUUUCAUUGGUCGACCGCCUGUCAUUUCAUUGGUCGACCGCCUGUCAUUUCAUUGGUCGACCGCCUGUCAUUUCAUUGGUCGACAGCCUGUCAUUUCAUUGGUCGACAGCCUGUCAUUUCAUUGGUCGACCGCCUGUCAUUUCAUUGGUCGACAGCCUGUCAUUUCAUUGGCCGACCGCCUGUCAUUUCAUUGGCCGACCGCCUGUCAUUUCAUUGGUCGACAGCCUGUCAUUUCAUUGGUCGACCGCCUGUCAUUUCAUUGGCCGACAGCCUGUCAUUUCAUUGGUCGACCGCCUGUCAUUUCAUUGGCCGACCGCCUGUCAUUUCAUUGGUCGACAGCCUGUCAUUUCAUUGGUCGACCGCCUGUCAUUUCAUUGGUCGACCGCCUGUCAUUUCAUUGGUCGACAGCCUGUCAUUUCAUUGGUCGACCGACUGUCAUUUCAUUGGUCGACCGACUGUCAUUUCAUUGGUCGACAGCCUGUCAUUUCAUUGGCCGACAGCCUGUCAUUUCAUUGGUCGACAGCCUGUGAUUUCAUUGGUCGACCGCCUGUCAUUUCAUUGGUCGACAGCCUGUCAUUUCAUUGGUCGACCGCCUGUCAUUUCAUUGGUCGACCGCCUGUCAUUUCAUUGGUCGACAGCCUGUCAUUUCAUUGGCCGACCGCCUGUCAUUUCAUUGGCCGACAGCCUGUCUUUGGAGUUCCUUGAACUCAGCGCUUUCUCUACAGACUGAUGAUCCCUGAAGUCCGUGAAUCUUAUUAUUUUCGGAUAUAAUCUGACAUAUUACAGCAUUUUCACUUGGAAUGUUUUAUUAAAAUGACUCAAAUUCACUGGAGAGACUCAAAGUCCCUCGGCUUCAAACCGGGUUUCUAUAUACAGAAUAUAUUUAUAAUGAAACGGUAUUGUUUACUCUUUUAUUCCCUCGGGGGUUGCAAACAAAUAUAAAAGUCUUCUUACUUUGGCCGUGAAGAAUUUCAUUACUUUAAAACUAUGAUCUCCGUGAGAAAAUUGCCCCAAAUAAAUAAUGGAAAACUUUAAUCCUAAAUGAAUCUGUGCUCCUAAGCAUGCGGUAACGAGCCAGACGAGGCGCUCUGGUUCCAUCAAGGAUUUGAUCUGAAUGACGACGUCUGCUCUUUGUAAUGCUCGACUCUCCAUUAAAGACAAUGGCAAGACUUUA